AUGUCUACUCCGGCCCUCCCCUCACAUCCGGGCCCGGAGCACUUGGUUACAGUCAAGGUCCUCUUUAAUGAGAAUAAUCGCCGCUUCAAAUUUCCCUUGAGAGAUCUUCGUGCUCAGGUGCUACCACUGAAGCUUCGAACACUUCUUGGCGUUUCAGCGGAUGAAAACGUCAUCCUUGAACGUUAUUCCGACAGCGCCGGUGCCUACAUUCGGCUGGACAGCGACAACAUCCCUGUCUACAAGCAACUCUACCGAGCUGCCAAAGCUAAAUCUAAGCUCCGUAUCAAGGUUACCACAGUCGGUUCAUGGGCACCGCUACCUGCAGGUUCCCCCAUGCCGACUGAGCAAGUGAAUCAGAACCCCCCGAGACACAGCUAUCUCGAAACUGUUCUGAGCUCCCCCAUUCUGCCUUCUGCCCUUCAAGUAACACCCUCCUCCACAUCUGACUCAACCUCUCUCACCACAUCCGCUAUCCCGCCGGCCUUGCUAGACACUACCGUGCCUGAGCCUCGCAUGCGAAAUUUCAAGGCGGAAGAGGACAGUAGCCACUUCCCUAUCAUCUCUCACAGCUCAGCCAGUGGGAUUUAUUGCAUCGACUGCAAUAAUUGUCAUCGAUCCAUCGCUAAUCAGCACUAUCACUGCAGCAUCUGCGAGGAUGGUGACUAUGAUCUAUGCCCACAGUGUGUUGACGAUGGUGUUUCGUGCGGUGACGAGAAUCAUUGGUUGAUCAAGAGAGUUGUUGUGAAUGGUGAGGUAACCAACAGUACUACCGAGACUAUUGCUCCUCGCCUCUACAAAUCGUGUGCCAAGUCACAUGCAGACUUGAACGAACAGACGAAGCCUACCGUUCUUCCCGUUAAAGUUGAGGAAAUCUCCAAGAAAUCUGGCACACAGUCGGCAGAGCCUACUUUAGUAUCUUCGCAAAUCUCUCAAAUGAUCAGCCAUGUGUAUGAUGAGCUCGAUCUGAACGAGGAGAGAGCUUCGUGCAACGGAUGCUGCCAUGAGUACAAUGACCGCAACUUGGUGACUUGCAACGAGUGCGAAGACUUUGAUCUUUGUGUUCAAUGCAUCUUCAGAAACAAGCACGGUCAUCACCCAGCUCACACCUUCUACCCUGCGUCGGAGCGCAAUUCGAAUUUGAAAACCAUUAUCAAGACUCAUUGUCUUCCUGGUCGUAAGUUCGAGCACCCGGCUAUCUGCGAUGGCUGUGAAAAGAGCAUUGUCGGCACGCGUAACAAGUGUCUGGCCUGUCCCGACUGGGACUACUGCUCUAAGUGCAUCGAAAAUGCUUCUCAGACCCACCCUGGGCACCGAUUCGCUCCUAUCUAUGAAGCUCUUGCCGAGCAGCGUCAGGAAUUGGAUAUCCAUUAUGGUAUCUUCUGCGAUGGACCUCUGUGCAAGGACAAGCCAGCUCAGAGCUAUAUUAAUGGCAUUCGUUACAAGUGUGCUGUCUGCGCUGAUGUUGAUUUCUGUGCAAGCUGCGAAGCACUUCCAAUUGAUCAUCAUAACCGCACUCACCCCUUAGUCAAGUUCAAGACCCCCGUUCGUGCGGUCACAAUUAGCACUUUGUCUGAUGGUGCCUUCGGUAGCACGGCCGUCUUGGGUGAUACAUCAAAGGAUAUCUUAGCCAUCUUGGGUAAUAAUCCAAGUGAGGCCUCGGUCGGGGCCGUCAUCGGUAAUAAUUCAACCGAGACCUCGCUCUCCAAGAGUAUGACCUUUGGGAAGAAAUCCGUGGCCGAACCGGUCCUUGUGGAGGUAGAGGCAAACCAGCCGGAGAAGACCAUGGAAGUGGAGACUUCGGCUGAGCCCGAGGAGGACUACCGGGCCUUCUUCAUGCAUGACACUGUCGCUGAUGGAACCAAAGUGACUGCCAACGCCGUAUUCCAGCAGACAUGGACGCUUUACAACCCCGGUCCUUGCGCCUGGCCCGUGGGAAGUGAUGUCCGCUUCGUUGGCGGUGAUACCAUGUUCGACGUGGAUGCCGACCACCCAUCUAAUGUGGAUCUUAUCCGCCACGCGAUGGAAAGCAACAAGCUGGAAGCUCCCCUGGAAGCUGGGCAUACCGCUCAGUUCACUGUGUCCCUGCGGGCUCCUUCGCGCGAGGGUACUGCUAUCUCUUACUGGCGUCUGAAGCUUCCUACUGGCAUGCCUAUUGGUCACCGACUCUGGUGUGAUGUUCAGGUUACGUCGAACCUUUCUGAAGAGGCCCACACCCCUGACCCCGUGGAGGUGGCUGAUGAAUCUGUCAAGUCUGACGCUACUGUCCCAAGCAACGUUGACAUUACCGAGAGCGGGAUGAUCUUCCCCAAGUUGGAGAAGGAGUCCCCUGAGACCAGCACCUAUGAGACUGCGACCCCUGUCCAGGCCCCUACUGUGUCGAAUGCGUCGGAUGCCGAUAUUCUUGAGGAUGUCGAGAGCCUUACCUUGGAAGAUGAUAUUGAAACCGAUGCUGGCUUCCUAACCGAUGAGGAAUACGAUGUCCUGGAUGCCAGCGACCAGGAGUACUUGGAGGCCAAGUCUAUCCACUGA